UGAAGAACAGUGAGGUGUUUCGUCUGCAGCGCUCAUCGGAAAACGGAUAACCAGGGCUUUUCCCUCAUCGUUCACGUGCGCGCAAAUUGUAACGCCUAGCAGCAUGACCACCGUUGUGUGUGCUAUUGGGCGAUCCCCGUGGCGAUACCGCUACCAAAACCAAGGCGGCACCGUCGAUCCGGAAUGCCUCAUCAAACAUCCGCUGCAUUUCCAGUGGACGCUCGGGUAUCAGGAACCGGAUAAGAACAAGUCGUGGGGAGACAACCUGAAAGAGGCGGCCACCGUCGGUACCGUGGAGGACUUCCGGAAAUUAUACAACCACAUCAAGAGCCCGUCGGACCUGAAGACCGGGUGCGAUUAUUCGCCGUUCAAGCAGGGCCUUCGCCCCAUGUGGGAAGACGAGAAGAAUUUCCGCGGCGGCCAGUGGGUGAUCAACGUUGGCGAGGUUUUCGAUAACCCUGAAGAAAUUUGCGGUGCCGUCGUGAAUGUUCCCCAGAAGAUGGAUAAAAUUGCGAUUUGGACCUCCACUGUCAUGAACCGGGACGCGCCGAUGCAGGAGAAAGCUAUAAGUCGAAUUUUUGCCACGUCCGAACAAUAAUUGUA